GUUGCCCGGCGUGCGCCCGGGGAGACCCGGAACAUGGCGCUCCGAGCAUUGUAGCAGCCGAGGAGGAGAAGGGGAUGAGGCACCGCCGCUGCGCUGACAGCCAGCGACCAGAAAUACACUGUGGCGAAAUGCUUCCACCUCUUGCCAAAAUGAACACUGAGGAAAAAUGAAGAACAGUGAAGAACGCCAACGAAAAGUUACAGACCAGAAAUAGCCACACUCCUCUGGAGUCUGAUUCAUCCACAGCCAUCAUAAAAAAGGUUUUCCACCAUGUUUGGAAAGAAAAAGAAAAAGAUUGAAAUAUCUGGCCCAUCCAACUUUGAACACAGGGUUCAUACUGGGUUUGAUCCACAAGAACAGAAGUUUACCGGCCUUCCCCAGCAGUGGCACAGCCUGUUAGCAGACACGGCCAACAGGCCAAAGCCCAUGGUAGACCCUUCGUGCAUCACUCCCAUCCAGCUGGCUCCCAUGAAGACAAUCGUUAGAGGAAACAAACCCUGCAAGGAAACCUCCAUCAAUGGCCUGCUGGAGGAUUUCGACAACAUCUCCGUGACCCGCUCCAACUCCCUAAGGAAGGAAAGCCCACCCACCCCAGACCAGGGAGCCUCCAGCCAUGGUCAAGGUCAUCGGGAAGAAAAUGGAUUCCUCACCUUCUCACAGUAUUCCAGCGAAUCUGAUACCACUGCUGACUAUGCGACGGAAAAGUACAAAGAAAAGAGUCUCUAUGGAGAUGAUUUGGACCCGUUUUAUAAAGGCAGCCACUCGGCCAAGCAAAAUGGGCACGUAAUGAAAAUGCAACAUGGGGAAGCCUACUAUUCUGAGAUGAAGCCUUUGCAAUCCAACAGAGCCAGGUUUCCUGUUGAUUAUCACACACACUUGGACUCACUGAGCAAACCCAGUGAGUACAGUGACCUCAAGUGGGGGUACCAGCGAGCCUCAAGCAGCUCCCCUCUGGAUUAUCCGUUCCAAUUCACGCCUUCUAGAACUGCAGGGACCAGCGGGUGCUCCAAGGAGAGCCUGGCGUACAGCGAAAGUGAGUGGGGACCCAGCCUGGAUGACUAUGACAGGAGGCCAAAGUCAUCAUACCUGAGUCAGACAAGCCCUCAGCCCACCAUGCGGCAGAGGUCACGGUCAGGCUCCGGGCUCCAGGAACCCAUGAUGCCCUUCGGAGCAAGUGCAUUUAAAACCCACCCCCAAGGACACUCCUACAGCUCCUACACCUACCCUCGCUUGUCCGAGCCCACAAUGUGCAUUCCAAAGGUGGAUUAUGAUCGAGCACAGGUGGUCCUCAGCCCUCCACUGUCAGGGUCCGACACCUACCCCAGGGGCCCUGCCAAACUACCUCAAAGUCAAAGCAAAUCAGGCUAUUCCUCAAGCAGCCACCAGUACCCAUCUGGAUACCACACAGCCACCCUGUACCACCACCCCUCCCUGCAGACCAGUUCACAGUACAUCUCCACAGCUUCUUACCUGAGCUCUCUCAGCAUCUCAUCUAGCACCUACCCCCCACCCAGCUGGGGCUCCUCCUCAGACCAGCAGCCCUCCAGGGUGUCCCACGAACAGUUCCGGGCAGCCCUGCAGCUGGUGGUCAGCCCAGGAGACCCCAGAGAAUAUUUGGACAACUUUAUCAAAAUCGGGGAAGGGUCAACCGGCAUUGUGUGCAUCGCCACCGAGAAACACACGGGGAAGCAAGUCGCCGUGAAGAAAAUGGACCUCCGAAAGCAACAGAGACGAGAGCUGCUUUUUAAUGAGGUUGUGAUAAUGCGGGAUUAUCACCAUGACAACGUGGUUGACAUGUACAACAGCUACCUUGUCAAUGAUGAGCUCUGGGUGGUCAUGGAAUUUCUAGAAGGUGGUGCCUUGACAGACAUCGUUACUCAUACCAGAAUGAAUGAAGAACAAAUAGCUACCGUCUGUCUGUCGGUUCUGAGGGCUCUCUCCUACCUGCACAACCAAGGAGUGAUUCACAGGGACAUAAAGAGUGACUCCAUCCUGCUGACAAGUGAUGGCCGGAUAAAGUUGUCUGACUUUGGUUUCUGUGCUCAAGUUUCCAAAGAGGUGCCAAAGAGGAAAUCACUGGUUGGCACACCCUACUGGAUGGCACCUGAGGUGAUUUCUAGGCUGCCUUAUGGGACAGAGGUGGACAUCUGGUCUCUCGGGAUCAUGGUGAUAGAGAUGAUUGAUGGCGAGCCCCCCUACUUCAAUGAGCCUCCCCUCCAGGCCAUGCGGCGGAUCCGGGACAGUUUACCUCCAAGAGUGAAGGACCUGCACAAGGUUUCUUCAGUGCUCCGGGGAUUCCUAGACCUGAUGUUGGUGAGGGAACCCUCUCAAAGAGCCACAGCCCAGGAACUCCUCGGACAUCCAUUCUUGAAAUUGGCAGGUCCGCCAUCUUGCAUUGUUCCCCUCAUGAGACAAUACAGGCAUCACUGAGCAGAGGAUUCAUAGAGGUGACAAAGCUAGAUGAGGACCUGAGAAUAAUUCAGGCGAACACAAGGAAACCAGAUAACGUGUAACAGACCUGUAUAUUCCAGACCAGCUGAUUGAUGGGACGGUGUGAUGACCGGCAGGGUUUGGCAGACCAGGGCAUCUUCUUGUGUCUUAAACAGGCAUCUCUCCACUAACAGCUGGUGUGGUCAUUUGGAACACGGCUUUAAUAAGUCAUUAUUAUAUUUUUCAGCCUUUCAUCCAGCAAAUCAGAAUGACUCAGUACAAACUCCGUUAUGAUAUAUCCUAGCCACAUGCAGGGUAACGCACAGGAUUUUCUAUAUUGAAAGAAUACUUUUCUGGCAAAAAAAAGAAAGGAUAACAAAAAGCACUUUUUUCUUAAUGGUAGCAGUGUAAUGUAUUUUGCAAUGAAUUUGUAAUUUUUCUGUACAAUAGUUUUGAUAAUUUAUAGUACUUUGAUGUCACGUAGCCAUUGUAUCAGUUGAAGUAAUACCUGUUUACUAGCAAGAGUUUGAACAAAGUCUUUCCUACUUUUUUAUCCCUUUCAGAGAACCAACAAUUCUUUAGGAACUUUGAAUACUGAAUGACUCUCAGUCACCGUCAGCUUUAGUAGAAUAUCUUUCUUAUCUUAACAAGUGUCUUAUGUGAUGGAAGAAGACUUAAGAGUGAUGGUGAUGGGGGUGCACAUUCCAUUUAUCCAGCCAAAAAUAAUACAGUACAAUAAAAUGUGAGCCACAGUAUACCACCAAAAGUACUCCUUGGGAGAAAGCUAAAUAUUCUGAAAAAUCACAUUUUCCUUCAAGCCUAUUAGUAGCAAACCAUCUUUUGCACAGUAGGAUGUUUUCCCUAGUACCCUCUCUUAAAGGGGUACGAUGUCCCCUUGGGGCCAAAUUUCCCCUCCAAGGAACAAUUUUAGUGCUAGGAUCAUGUGAUGUACUUGUAGGAGGCUGUGAGCUCCACGUCCUACUCCUCCGCCAUCUUGAUCCGACAACUCAGUGCUAGGAUCAUUUGGACUCCGUUCCCCAAACUGAAUGUUUCAAGAAGGCUGUGAGAAUUCCAGUCUCACAAAGGGAAAAAAGAAAUAAGAGGGCAAGAUGUUUGGUUUUGUUCGUCACUGUUUUUAAAACUCUGUGUGCUAGCACACCAAACUCUUGUCUGUAAUUUAUUACCUUCGUCGCUAUUGUUUCUGUAUCAUACUGGAAGUCUGGAUUCUAGAGAAUGAAUUAGGAAGCGGGGAUUUUCCCGGGUGUGACCCGAAUUCAGUUGUGACCAUGUUCUGUGUUUCCGACAUAGGAGAGUUGUGCUGCUGACUAGAUCUUCUUGAAUGUUGAUAAACACGAAUGACUACUACAAUACAUUUUGUGUUGCUUGUUGGAUGAAUUUGCAUGUUAACUGUAGGCCAAUAUAGAUUUGCCUUUAAAACUCUGGAAAAGCUACAUAGUCAUCAUUAGUUUCUAUUACUUCUGCAUCCAACGAAAGCCAUUUUUUACCAAACUGGAAAACCAGAGGCUUUUCUUAAUUUCACAUACUGUAACAAAUAUGAAUUUAAAAUUGUGAAAAUGCUCUGGUUGCUCUAAGCCUAAUUAAGAAUGUUUGUAAUUAAUAGGUUCCUAAUUAUUUAUUAAGGUUAAAAAGGAAAAUAAAGGCAUAAAAUGACCUUCUACUGAUUAGAUUUUCAGUUUUUCCCUAAACUGGAAAUGCCUCAUUAUAAAUAGGAUCUAUAAUUUUGAUUCAUAAAACACAACAAAUCAAUGUUUUAUGUAAAAUAUUAAAAUAUUAAUAUAAGUAUGUAUGAAUGAAAAUAAUCUAAAUCCAGAAAAUGACAGUCCUAAAAGUUCAUGGAACAGAUUGUAUUCAUUUAACCAGGACUAUGUAGAAAUAGAAAGGAAAGAAAAAAAAAUCUUUUCUUAACCAGAGAAAAUAUUAAAAACCAUUGCAGAAAAUAGUGGAUUUUGGAUUCCAAACAUUUUUGACAGUGUAAUAGAAAUUUUUCUGUAAUUUUCUUAUCACUGCCUCUUUUUUAAAGUCUUCAUUGAAUUUACCAAAAGUUACUGUAGCUUAAAAGGUUGUGUGAGCACUAACUAUUGGCAGAAACUGCACUUGCAAAUAAAAAUAAAUGUUUGCCUUUUUCCCCAUCGUGUUAUCGGAAA